AUGACAAGAACACUUGUGCAGAAAACAGUUGUACUCCUUACGCUUUCAGGACCAGCUACAGGCGCGAGCGAGGACGGCGAGCCGGAGUGCGGGGGCGCAGCGGACGGCGGCGGCAGCGCCAGCCCGCCGCUGCUGCUGCCGCCCCCGGAGCUGGAGGUGCGCGGCGCGGGGGCGGGCGUGUGGGCGCGCCAGGCGCUGCCGCGCGGGGUGCGCUACGGGCCCUUCCUGGGCAAGUGGCUGCCGCAGCCCGCCGACCACCGCCUCGCCUGGGAGGUGCGCGUCUGCGGCAGUGAGAUUCGCGGUUUCCUUGACGGGACGUUCGAACUCAAUAACUGGCUAAAGUACGUGCGGUGUGCGCGCAACGACCACGCUCCAAACCUUCGGCCCCUGCUAAUUGCUGGGCAGAUCUUCUACGAGACGACGCAAGAGGUGGGCGCGUACGAGGAGCUGGUGCUGGGCCCGCGCGAGCCGUUGCAGCUGGAGGCCCACCCGUCCCAGCAGCCGGCGCACGCCCACGCGCAGGGCCAGCCGCCGGGCGCGCACCACGGCGAGUCCACCACCUCCGACGACCGCAGCGACCGCGAGACCGAGUCGCAGCACUCGGGGACCGUUGAAGAGGAGCGGGACGACGAUGAGGAGGUAGACGCGCGCUGCGCCGUCUGCUCCAAGGAGUUCCCAGACGCCGAACAACUGGACGAGCACCUGCUGUCGGUGCACGCGUUCCCCGCCGACGAGCAGCACAAGUGCGAGGCGUGCCCCGCCGUCUACGGCAGCCGGCAGGCGCUGUCCAGGCACCGCGCGCUGCUACACCGCUGCGCCGACCCUCUGAAGCGCUACCCCUGCGAGAACUGCUCCAAGUCUGACGUACCAGACGUCUUCUCGGACCCGAGCAACCUCCAGCGCCACAUUCGCAGCCAUCACGUGGGGGCGCGGUCGCACGCCUGCCCCGAGUGCGGCAAGACGUUCGCCACCUCGUCCGGCCUCAAGCAGCACACGCACAUACACUCCAGCGUCAAGCCGUUCCAGUGCGAGGUCUGCCUCAAGGCGUACACGCAGUUCUCGAACCUGUGUCGGCACAAGCGCAUGCACGCCGACUGCCGCAUGCAGAUCAAGUGCGCCAAGUGCGGCGACACCUUCAGCACGGUGACGUCGCUGUCCAAGCACAAGCGCUACUGCGACUCGACGCCGGGGCCCGGGCCCGGUGUGGUGGCGGGCGGGGGCGCCGGGGGCGGCGGCGGGGGCGGCGCGGCGCGCGGGCUGCUGCCGCCGCUGUCGGCGCUGCCGGCGCCCUUCCUGCUGUACCCGCCGCGGCCCUUCUACGCCCCCGCGCUGCUCGAUGCCGCCGCCGCCGCAGCCGCUGCCUACCCUUCACUCUACACCGCGGCGCCGUCUUUCAUGCACAACUCGCUCAUCUUCCCACCGCACCAGCGUAUUGACAGGGCGGAGGAGGACAGCGGGAGCCGGGCGCUGCAGCAGCAGCAGCAGCUGGAGCAGACGCCGCCGCCGGCGCAGACGCGUCUGUGCGCAGAGGAGCAGCGCUUCGUGUCGCCGCCCUCCGCAGACGAGGCGGUGUCGCAGCUGCGGCCGUCGCCCGCGAGGCCACCCCUGGCCGCCACGUACCCCGACCCUCGCGGAGCUUUGCCGCAGCCGCGGGCGCGCGAGCUGCAGCUGUCGGAGGACGACGACGCCGAUUCCAACACCUCCGAUGCCGCCGCCCCCGACAGCGAAUCCUCUACCGGCGAACCGAAGCGCAAGCGCUGCGAUCAGCCGCUCGACCUCCGGGUGCAGAAGCGUCGCUACAGUGAAGACAGACCUCCCGGCGCUGACUUCCCCGGCGCCGGUACCUCCUUUCCCGAAGACAGAAGGUCACUCUCUUCCAAUGUCUCUACACCGAGUACCGUCAGUCCUUCGACACCGUCACCUCAGCAUCACCACCUCUCUUCGGAUCGGAGCGACGCUUGGAACGCCAAAGAAACGUCGCAGAAGUCGCCCAGAACGCCGACGCCGCUCUUAGCAGAGAAACGUCGUUCGCCGUCGGCGUCUCCGGCGUCGGGUUUCCAGAGGCAGGAAACCCCGCCGCAGCAGCCGGUGGCAGCUGUACGACCACUGUCACCACCGGUGGAGAACGCCACGGCGCCUGUGUCAUCUUUGGCUGUGACGCCGACGAGCCUGACCAAACUGCCGCCUAUGGCGUACCCGCGGCCACUGCACCCUGUGUACCUGGACGCAUUUUACCGCUCUCCUUCAUUCCCGCCCUUUCAGGCCGCCACCCACCACGACCGGCUGCUACCACCGCCUCCACCGCCUCCAGCUGCUUUCGGAAGGACCUUCCCACCGUACCUGAACCCUCUCACUAAUGGCAUCGCAAACGGUCACCAUCAUCCCAUGUUGGCUGGGCGGCAUAACCCGUACGACAUGCUGCGUACCCCGCUGCCGGGAUUCGCGAGCGGUGGGAAGCCGUACCAGGACAUUCUAAGUGGAGGUAGCGCUUUAGGCGCCAGUGGCUGUGGAACGGGCCCUCCUGCUGGCAGUGGGCACAACGGAGGCAGCGGCAGCAGCACAGGCGGACCGGGAUCCGCUCCCAAUGGAGCAACCGGCGGCAAGGUUAAGGAUCGCUACAGUUGUAAAUUCUGUGGCAAGGUGUUCCCUCGAUCUGCCAAUCUGACUCGCCACCUACGCACUCAUACGGGGGAGCAGCCGUACAAGUGCAAGUACUGCGAGCGCUCCUUCAGCAUCUCGUCCAACCUGCAGCGGCACGUGCGCAACAUCCACAACAAGGAGAAGCCGUUCAAGUGCCCGCUCUGUGAUCGCUGCUUCGGCCAGCAGACCAACCUCGAUCGCCACCUGAAGAAACACGAGGCAGACGAUGGAAGUGGGGUCGUCGCCGUGGCGGACAGCCCAGACAGUAACGAGAACGAGCGUGAGGACGCCUGUUUUGACGAGAUACGCAGUUUCAUGGGCAAAGUGGCAGCCUACUCGUCACCUCUGCCACUGCCGCCACCUCCUCCAUCGUCGAUGGGAGCUGAAGCUCAUAUGGCCCACCUAUACCACAGCUCUAGUGCUCCUCAACCGUCGCCGGCGCUUGGGUUGCAGCACAUCCCCACUCAGCCACAUCACUUCGGCCAGCCACAACAACAACAGCAACAACAACAAAUAUCAGCUACAGGCUUGCAGGCAGUGGCAGACUUGGUUAUCAAGCGAGAGCGAGACGUCGAUUCGGAACCGGAGGAUCACUGUGCUGGCGAGUCACCACGAACGUCACCGGACACAGGCAGGAACGAAAUGAAUCGUCAGGAACACUUGCAGGUGCCGCCAUUGGAGCUGCAGACGCCCGUUUCUUUCGAAGUAAAAGUAAAGGCGGAAAAACCAAUAAAAGAAGAAAUUCCUACAAAUAACAACUGUGCCGAGCAUGACAUCAUCGAAGUGUCCACCUGACAGGGACCGGAAUGACAAUGUCCCAUGUGGGAAAUCUGAAAUCUCAUUGUAUAGUUCCUAAAGGACUGCGUGUUCACGAUUCUGUUGUGACUGAUCGAUCGUCUCUGUCUCAUUACUAAAUAGUUGGACACAGGGGAAUCCAGUCAAGACUGUAAACAACAGUAAAAAAGCAGCAGUUGUUUCUCCAAGGGAGUGGAUAUUAUGUGAAACUAUGGUUCUCUUCACGUGCAAAUAUCAGAAGAACGAAGUAUUUGUGUAUUUUUUAUGUUCAUUUUCGUACUUAGUACUCCACAUUGUGUGAUAAACAGCCAAAGCCAAAAUCUACUAUUUCUUGUGUGAGAAGUUAUUUAGUCACAGUGUAACUGGAAGAGACGCUACAGUUCUAUAACUGAAAUAUUUCUGAGAGACUUUCAGAUGAAUGCAAGUAGCUACUAAAGAAGCUACAAAAACGUUUUGACUUUUCAUUGCUGUUGGUAUACACACUAGUCCAUGUCUGAUGAUAAACAAUUUAUAUUGACUUAAGUUACCAUCAUACGUAUCAGCAUGUCAAGCCAAGUAAAUCUCUCUCUGUACUGAUAUAAGUCUGUAAAGCUUAUUUUGUUAUGAUUUGUCAGUGAUAUUGUAAUAUUUAUAUGAAAUGCAAUUUCAGACUCAAUUCACUGUGAGGCUCCAUGCAGUUCUCAUAAGCACAAUAGGUUCUUUUGUCAUUUAACUUCAUUAUCUGGUUAAAAAUAUCCGCUAAGAUACUCAUUACAAAUCUCCGGCCUAACUGCACUCUGACUUCGACUGGUUUAUAGCACCAGAAGAACUUAACUUCUCAGUGUUUCUGUAUAGUAAUUCUCAGCACAUCUGGGCUCAUAAGGCCUGCACUCUCCAUUUACCUGAAUGUUUCUUCUGUUAGAUCUGCUGCUAUAUUUAUCAGGACUGUACAUAUUACAAUUCAUAUACCUGCCACUGGUGCUCAACAUUUCAACACAACCCUGUUGAACCAUUUUCUGUAUGUUAAAAUACCGUAUAAUUCAAGGAACUUCACAUAUCAAACAUAAGAAUCAGUUCAGUUCAACAUAUCACAAAGCUUCCCUGUAGUAGCCAACACGAAAAAAAAAUGGUUUUAGACUUCACUUAACGUGAAAGCAGCUGAGAGAUCUAACUGACUGUUUAAUGUGGAACUGCGAUAACAGUGCUGGGCAACAGGCAGCCAUAAGGAAAAGCAACAAUGAAAAGAAAUUGUCAAUGUGGUUUUCUUACUUAAUGUCUUUAGUAAACUGGUGUACAAAAUUUUAACGGUAUUAGGAUCUGAUAACGAUAAGCUCCUGUGUCAAAUAUAAGGGCUAUUGCCCGUUUAUUGUGUCUGUUGCCCAGGUGUGUUAGCUUUAAUAACAAUUUUGAUGAAGUGUUUUCAAGUGCAGAUCUGACGCUCUUACGUAGGAAACCAGUUGUUAAGUGUUCAUAAGAUCAGCAUCACAUAUCACUAACGAAAUAAGCACGAAAUUGUUUAAGCAGUUCACAUUAAUUCGUCUGAUGGGGAUGCUCAACAUCAUAAUGACGUUUUAAAAUUUUAUGUAUUGAUAUCCUACACAGUUGAAACUACUUUAUGACCGGUGUUCAUGCUGUGCCAUUCAUAUAACUAAUUGUUAGAGAAAGUAUUAUAUGGUCUAAAAUUUGGUGUGUAUUCUCCAGAUAUUGUAAAAAAUGUGUUUAAAUAUUGU